GCCAGUUUAGAUGCAUGCUAGAGAGCAUAUGGCGUUUCUCUCCAGCCCUUACAGUAACGAGAAGCGUGCACGUGGCCAUUUUGAACGCCUAGAAAUCAGCAAAAGCCAUUUACUCGAAGAGUUACUCGUUUCAGAAAUAAAAUACUUAUCCUACUUGAAAAAGAUUGUACAGCAUUUUGCGGAACCACUCCGAGAAAGCGGUCUACUUCCUGGUGAAUUACACAGCGAGGUUUUCGGAUUUAUCAGCCCUAUCAUUAAUGUGAAUGAAACCCUAUUGGAAUCAAUUCUCACAUUGGGCAUCGAAGAGGCUUUUCUCACGCUAGCCCCCUGUCUCAAGCUAUACGCAGAUUACGCUCGGCGGUAUCAAAGCAUUUUGGUUAUUCUUGAGACUUGCUCGAGUCUUAGCUACGAGCUACAGCAAUUCCUUGAGCAUCAAGAAAGUUCACCUAAUGUGAGAUUGCAGUUACCAGCAUUGUUAAUUAUGCCAAUUCAACGGAUACCAAGGUACUCCUUGUUAUUUCAAGAACUUCUCAUAGUUUACCUUCGACAGGAUGGCUUAUCUGAUUCACAUGCGUACUCCUGCAUUGAGGGGAUUUUACGUGUCACCCGAGAGAAAACUGUGGUACCUGAACAAGUGUGCAAACACAUACUCCGCAUGUACGAAUGUGCUCAGACCCGUCAACCUUACCCCGAGGAUUGUGAGUUGGCAUCAGACCUCAUGUUUCUUGGGCAAUUUUUACACACCAUCCGUCUCCGAACCGCAAGGCUUCUAUCAGCGUUUUCCUCCAUCUCUUCAACAUCCACUUACCUGAACGAGCUUGUCAGGGUGAACGACGAGGCUGCCAUGACCGCGUUCCUGCAAUCUCGACUGCUAGGAUGUUGGACCCGAAAUUUGCUAAUGGUCCCUGGGCGACGCCUCCUUCGGUACGGCCUGGUUGAUAAGCGGAACGUAUUGAAUGGUUGCAGACAUCUCCGUUUGCUUGUGCUGUUCUCUGACAUCCUAAUACUUGCGACACCUCGACACGUUCUACGAUGGCAUCAGUUGUCUGUCAAUUCGAAACUACGGAGGCUGAAUCGCACGAUUAGACCGGGUCACCGAAAAAUGUGGUAUCUCAGGUUUCCUCGGCGUAAUAAGCUGUCGCUGUUCCAUUCCAAUCAUCUGAGAAAUAUGGAUCACCAAGUGAUGAAAAAGACCCUACGCAGCAGUGCCGGCGACGUUUCAACUCUCACACUAGGAAGACCUGUUGAUUUACUUAAUGAUACAACAGUACGCUUUUCCUGUGUUGCUGUAUACCCUCUGCAUCACUGUCAACUGGAAUGCCAUUUCCGUCAGUUCAAUGAAGGCCAUCUGUACACCAUUUGUGAAUCACCAGAAUUGGCCUCCGCAGUGUCCUCACCCUCAGCGACUGUUGCAGCCACUCGCCUUUCAUUGGCUGGCAACACUUCUGGUAGUUCGUUCUGGCCUCCUCAUGGAAAACAGUCAUUGUCAGCCAGCCCCGAUGAGGACUAUGCAUUCACUGUCUACUGCCGCGGUAGCCAUUUUACUCUUUCCUUUCGCUCGCGCGACUCUGCCGAGGACUCCUUUUCCGUACUGACAGAUGCCAUACGGGCCGUUCAAUUUGCUCGACAAAGCUUGAAAAAAGCCAGCAGUGCUAAGCGCCCCAUGGCAGCGUCGGAUUUCAUUCGCUACGAGGAGCGGUUGAGGACGCGUGAACAAGUCGAGACCCAUUUUGAGGAUGACGACAUACCUGAGAACUCUUUCGGCCUCGAUUCCGCCUCCCCAAAGCAAAUGUUUUCUAGCUCCUCUAUUCGCAACGCUUCUCAUCAGUUUUGUGGUCUUUUCUGCAAGCGGGUCUCUCGACGGAAGCUCACAUCCACUUCUGUGCCUCAUCCAACCUACUCACCUUGCACGACCGCAUGUGUUCCUCCGUUUUUUUUCUCCACAAACCAUACAGCUGCUGACUUAACUAGCAACGUUUUUCUGUUGACCGUGAACCCCAGAAAGGACGACAUAUUUGACCAUAAUAGUGUUGGGACAGUACCACGCAGCUUACAACCACCGACAUCCACGUCUUCUGUUUUCUCGAAUGAAUGUCCAUCUCGAUUAAAGCCACAGUUGCCUUCUUUGAGGGACGCCGAUAGCCCUCUCGCUUUGGCCAACCAACAUUUGCUCCAGCGGAAUCUCAGCAGGAGGAGUCCCACCAGCUUCGGCUCGCGCUGUUGUUCCAUGUAAGACACUCGAUCUCUUUGCAAUGAAUGUUCAGAUUUCCUGCACUGCUGGAGACUCAGUGGUGCAUCAGACCAAGAGUAUGCUUACUGACCAUCGGUCCGGUUCGUCCCCUUGGAAUCUCGCUACAGUUUACCGUCCUCAUCACCUUUUUAUUUAGAAAACCUUUUACUUUGUCAUGGUUUACCGUGACAAAUAUUCUGCUUCCCGAACCGGAUUUGUGUCCGCCCCAAGUCGAUGACCUUGAACUUUUCAACUCAUUCCACCAUCAUUUCGAACGCUUUGUAUGCUCCAUACUGUAAAUGUAUAGACUACUUUUUCAA